AUGGUUGGGCUGGGGCGCGGUGCGCAAGGCAGUUGCCGAAGCUGAAUCCCACUCCAGGAAUCCUGAGAGACCGUCCGUUUCCCCAGAGGGAGCCGCGGAUCGGGUCCCGGGGAUGGGGGCGAGAAUACGAUUUGGGGUGCGCACUGCCUCUCCUAGGAGGAGACGUUUACCCAGCAGCAGUGCCUUCUCGUUCCGCUACCAAGCCAGGCUUCCGGUCAGCGGAGGAUUUCCCCCGGCUCUUGGUGAACUUGAACAGAGGCAGAGGCAAAACAGAAACAUUUCUGAGCCUGGACAUGAGGGUUGGUAGAGCUCAGGGAUGGCAAAGGUUGUGACACUUGGGCAGAAGCUGCAGCUGCAGAGCUCGGUGGCUGGAAAUAAGUGAUGGUGCCAUUUGAGCACCUGCCGGAAACGGGGCAGGAGGAACGGUAACUGCAGGGAGCACAGGCUGGUGCCAGGAUGUGGAGAUGACGCCUCCGGAGGCCCCGGCCUCCCUCCCGCCCAGGUGCUAGGAGCCGUCCCAGGCGCCAGCGAGGAGCCCUGCUGCUCAGGGGCAUGGCCAAACCUUUCUUCCGACUCCAGAAGUUUCUCCGCCGAACACAGUUCCUGCUGCUCUUCCUCACGGCCGCCUACUUGAUGACCGGCAGCCUGCUGCUGCUGCAGCGGGCCCGAGUGGCCCUGCCACAGGGUCCCCGGGCACCUGGCCCCCUGCAGGCCUUACCUGUGGCCGCCAUGGCACUGGGCGUGGGCCUGCUGGACAGCAGAGCCCUGCAGGACCCCCAUGUCAGCCCGGAGCUGCUGCUUGAUGUGGACGUGCUGCGGAGCCCCCUGGCCCGGCCCCGGCCUGGACCCCACUGGCUCCGGAGCCGCAACUCGGAGCUGCGCCAGCUGCGGCGCCGCUGGUUCCACCACUUCAUGGGGGACCCCCAGGGGCCACCUGUCCUGGGCCCCGAAGCCCCACGGCCAGCCGCCAGCAGCCGAGGCACGUAUGUUGGAUGCUUCAGUGACGAUGGCCAGGAGAGAACUCUGAAGGGGGCCGUGUUUUUUGACUUGAGAAAGAUGACCAUCUCCCACUGCCAGGAUGCCUGUGCUGAGCGGUCCUACGUCUACGCCGGCUUGGAGGCCGGGGCUGAGUGCUACUGUGGGAACCGGCUCCCAGCGAUGAGCGUCAGGCCGGAGGAGUGUAACCAUGAAUGCAAGGGGGAGAAAGGCUCCGUGUGCGGGGGUGUUGGCCGGCUGUCUGUGUACCGGGUGGAGGAGCUGCAGCCAGGCUCCAGGAAGUGGAGGACCGUCACAUACCGAGGGUGCUUCAGACUGCCGGAGAACAUCACACACGCCUUCCCCGACUCCCUGAUACAGGCCAAUGUGACAGUGGAGACAUGCUCUGGAUUUUGUUCCCAGAAAGAGUUCCCCUUGGCCAUCCUCAGGGGCUGGGAGUGCUACUGUGCUUACCCCACCCCCCAGUUCAACCUGCGGGAUGCUGUGGACAGCUCGCUGUGUGGCCAGGACCCUGAGGUGCAGAGGCUGGCAGAGUACUGCAAGGUCUACCAGACACCCGUGCAAGACACGCGGUGCACGGACAGGAGGUUCCUGCCCACCAAAUCCAAAGUGUUUGUGGCUUUGUCGAGCUUCCCGGGAGCCGGGAAUACCUGGGCACGACACCUCAUUGAGCACGCCACUGGUUUCUAUACAGGGAGCUACUACUUUGACGGAACUCUGUACAACAAAGGGUUUAAGGGUGAGAAGGACCACUGGCGGAGCCGGCGCACCAUCUGCGUGAAGACCCAUGAGAGUGGCAGGAGGGAGAUUGAGAUGUUCGACUCCGCCAUUCUGCUGAUCCGGAACCCAUACAGGUCGCUGGUGGCUGAAUUCAACAGGAAGUGCGCUGGGCACCUGGGCUAUGCAGCUGACCGCAACUGGAAGAGCAAAGAGUGGCCGGACUUCGUCAACAGCUACUCGUCGUGGUGGUCCUCGCACGUCCUGGACUGGCUCAAGUACGGCAAGCGGCUGCUGGUCGUACACUAUGAGGAGCUGCGGCACAGCCUGGUGCCCACGCUGCGGGAGAUGGUGGCCUUCCUCAACGUGUCUGUGAGCGAGGAGCGGCUGCUCUGCGUGGAGAACAACAAGGAAGGCAGCUUCCGGCGGCGUGGCGGGCACCCUCACGACCCCGAGCCCUUCACCCCGGAGAUGAAGGACUUGAUCAAUGGCUACAUCCGGACGGUGGACAAGGCCCUGCGUGACCACAACUGGGCCGGGCUGCCCAGGGAGUAUGUGCCCAGAUGAUAGGCCCGGCCGUUCUGCCCGCCCCGCCGAGAGCCUGCCACCCCCUGGGGUAGCACCUGCUGGGACACAAGGUGGCAGCCUCCCUGGGACACAAGGUUGCCUGGGCUGCCAGCAGGGAGGGUCGCCCGGGUGCUGCCUCCUUCACAUGCAGGGCGACCUGACACAAGCCCUUAGCCCACCCAGGCAGACGCUCAGACUUGCAAACGCAGUCACACUCAGAUUUCAGGUUAUGUGUUCCCAGAGGCUGCCUGUCUCUCUCUCACACAGACACACGUGUGCACCAGGGCUCUCCGAGGGCCCGGGUUCCCUGUUUCCAGCCCCAGGCAUGGACUUACUGGCCAGGGCCCUUGACUGCAGGAUGCUGGGCUGGGCGGGUAUUCGUGCUCCGAGCAGCAAGGAUCUGGGUAUGGAGGUGGGUUCAUGGACUCUCGUUGUGGCCAUGCGGCCCCGACCGCCUAUCUGACAGCCCAUAAAUAUGUGUGGUAUGACAAUUGGGCACCAUGAACUCUGCAGCCCUGUCUCCCCUUCUCUGCGGAUGGGCUGGCCACGCUAUGGGCAGAGUGGAGUGCGAGUGCCCCUAAUACACACACCAACCUCAGGACCCACCGAAAGUUCUGUUCACCCCCUGGCACCCCUUCUAACAUGAAUGCUCCUUGGAGUGCAGCUGCUUGCCUGGCUACUUUCUCUAGUUGUCCCCGGAAAAGCUGGGCAUUCAUGCCAUGCCUCAGAAACAGGGUGUGAGGGCAAGGGGACAGUGGGGCAGGGAGGCAGCUGGGCCUCAGGGAGUCCUAGACCCCAGGGCCCCACAUGUCAGCAGAAGGCGGCUUGGCAUGGGCGCGGGGAAACCCAGGAAGGAUGGGUCUUGGGGAUCACUGCAACUGGUAGCCCCACUCAUCUUGACAAGUUCCUGAUCUCCAUGGUGUCCUGCCCUGGGGUCAUGAGGAAGGGGCGCUACAUGGCCCAUCAACUCUACCCUUGGUGGAAAGGCCAUGGCUGCAGCUUUUGCCUGACCCCACGUGGCCGUGGCUGAGCCCUCAGUCCCUCUGCUAUUCACCCUACCACUUCCUGUCACUGGGCCUCUUUGUCAUACCCUCUGUCUCUAUUUCUGCCAGGCUGCCAUCUUUCCCAUUUGUUCAUCCAUUUCCUGAACGAAAGGGCAGGGCACUCACAGCUGCUGACUCCUGCUGUGUGCUGGCCUCCAGAAGAAGGAGACUUAGAGAAAGCCCUCUGUCCCCACCCCCAGCGCACAGCCUAGUGAGGUCAGGGGAGGGUUCAUCACAAACGGGAGUGAGAAACCCAGAAAUGAGCAUGUGUGCUGGGCAGGCUCACAGUGGUCAGCUUAUGUUCCUGAGGCCUUCAGGGAAUGCACAGCGGCUUUGACCCGGUCUUGAGGAAUCUGUAGGAAUUAUCCCAGCAAAGCAGAGGGGAAGGAUAAUUAAGCCAAAGAAGACAGCAUGUGCAAAGGCUCAGAGGCUUGGAAAACCCUGGUGUGUUUCACAAAACAGGUGAAGGGGGUGUGGGGCACAUGUGUGUCUCUCUCCCAGUCUAUAGCAGAAGGAAGGGAGUGGGUGGGUGAGGACAGAGGUGGGGACACAGAAAAGGACUCUGUCCUUAUAUCUACUCAGUGCUCAGCCUGGGAGGGCAGAGGUGCUGAGGUUAAUUACCUUCCUGGUUCACCCUUUGCUGCAUGUCAUGUGGAGACCCUGGGUCUCAGGUCUGGAAGUGAGAAUGGACCAGGGAGCAUGGCCCAGGGCUGCCGAGACGUAGCAGGGUUAUAGAGAGCUCAGGUGCACAUCAAGCUUUGUGAGGGGAAGGAAGGUGGGUGGGCCUGACCUCAGGCAGCCCCUGAGCUCCAGGCCUGGGUAAUCUCAGCUGGGCCCCUUUGUUUGACCUCCUCUUAGCCUGAGCCAAGCUCCAUUACAAGGAGAAAACAGGGCAAAGAGUUUGGGAAAGCUGGGUAUAGGGAUGCCCUGACCUCUGCCCCUUGGCCGGAGAUGGGGAGCUGAGAGCCACUCCCAGUGAGGGCAGGCAGGGCUAGAUGUCCCAGUGGAGCUGCCGUUCCUCAGAGGGAAGCCUCCGCAGCUUUCAGUUUUGCCAAUGAGUGGGCUUGAGCAUCUGUGCUCCUGGUGGCCUCCAAGUCCUUCCUGAGGUUCCCCCAAACCUAUACUGAUGCGGAGGCUGUUCUAGACCCUCCCCAAAACAUCACCUGACUCAGCUCAGAGCUGGACACACCAAGGUUUUUAUAAAUGUUUAUUGGCUCAGCAUGGCUCCAAGGUCAAGCCUAUAAGACCUCUAAUGAGAUCGUGUCUCCUGAGUUGUAGGAGUAGCUGACACCCACUAGGAGUUUCCACACUGCCUUGGAAGGGCCAGGGGACACCUGAAUUCUAUAGCAAACCGAGAGCCUCAAGGGAGACAGCAGCACCAACCCGUGGAGAUGAUGGAAGCUUGCCUCCACCAGAGGUUGGCUCCCUGACUGGCCCUCACUCCCUGGCCACCCGGAUAAUCUCCAGGUAGACGUCGUGGAGGAUGAGAAGCACAGAGGUGUGGCUGGAAGAAUGACCGGGACUACAGCCCCGGCAUGGCCCUCUGAGCUUCCCCCACCCCCACCCCAAGAGUCGGGAGAGCAACAGCACAGGCCAUUUCUCCUGGUAGAUAGGUGGGUACAUCCCCUGAGGCCAGAUACCUAGAGACCUCCUCUUCCAGGUGGAGUGCCACCUGCACAAAUAGCCUUUUCGUUUACUGUGCACCUUAGCCAGGCAUGCAAAUGAGAAUGAUGGGAUCUGGGUAUAUCCAGUUUGCAUUGAGUCGGUGCCCAUGGGAAGGCACCUGAUACUUGGCAGGUGCUCCCAGAUGUUGGUUGAACAGGGAGCUGCAAAGGCCCUACCUGUUGCUGAUGAUGGUCAGCAGCUGUCACCCUGGGCCUGCCUCUGCAGGAGAGCAGCGCACAGGAAGGGGAUCCCUCUGUCCUUUGGGGAAAGUCCAUUUGUCUCUCUCCAAGUUAGGUCUUGUCUAGAGCUCACAGCUUUUCCAUAAGGAGGAUACUGCCCAACCAGCCAAGGAGGAAAAGUGGAUCUACAUUUAGGGGAGAAAUGUGACAAAUGCGUCAGAAACCCAUGAGAACAGCGAAACUGGACAGAUUCCAACUUCAAAAGCAAGUCUACAGAGAUACACAAACCUGUGUGUUAAAACGUAAUUUCCAUGGAUUUCGUCUCCUGUUGUGGAUCAAUUUGGAAAACCCAAAAUAUAUAAUUUUAAGAAGCCAAAACACAUUCUGAUAACCCCAGUGAUGUGUAAAUGAGAGAGAAUAGACAGGCUUCCAAACCCUGGGAAGAAAGCUUAAUUAUGUGAGUAUCUUAUAAUGAAGUCUCUUGCAGCUAAAAUUAGGUUUUGAGUGCGUGAAUAUGCAAUAAUGUUUGCACACCAGAAUGCAUUUUCCCCCUUAAAAGUAGCAGGAGCUACUUGGCUCUUAGGGGGCCCCAAGAGAGGAGAUGGAAGUGCUGAGGUUGAAUCUUUGUGGCUGCAAGAAUUCUUGGGGCAUAGGUUUGUUUUCUUUUGACUGGAAAUACAUUGGAUGUGUUUGAAAUGUGAUGCCUCCUGUUCAUUCAGGUUUGGGGAGAAAUUGGUUAGUCUGAACCCACAUUAAUCACCACUCAGUACUAGGCAAGUUGGCCUGAACUAGUAAAAGUGGAGUGGAAAUAAUACAGGGUCUGCAGAUGAAAGGGCUGGGUUGUGGUCCUCACUCUGCUCUGCUGUGAUUUUGGGAAGGCCUUUUCCCUCUCAAAUUUUUCACCCAUAAAAUGAAGGAUGUGGUGGAUAUUGUUGAUUGCAUCCCCAAUGUUCAUCCCCCCUCCCCAUUUCCUUUCCUAGCAGCCCCUGCUUACUGUUUGGGGAUUUUAUGAUCUGGCUGAGCUAACUAUCACCACUUCCAGGAGCGAACCCAAGAUCUGGACUAAGCCAACAGCACAUCCCAUCUCUGACUACAGUAAUGAGUUCAGGUGUGGUCAUGUGAGCUAGGGCAAAGCAGCCAGAGGAAAUUUCAAAACUUUUCCUGGAAAUGUUGGGUAGAGACUCUAUCCACUCUGCUGGAUAUGAAAGGAGAAAUAGAUCAUCUUGGGUCCUGAUGGUGGCCAUCUUGGGACCAUGGAAGGGAACUACUCUCAGCCUGAAGCGGACACUACUGAAGGAAGAGGCAAGAGACAGAAAGAAGCCAGGUCUUUGGUGACAUUGUUUAAGUACAGGAUCAAGCUUUGCCUGCGAUUGGCCCUACCUCUGGAUGGUUUUGUUACAUGAGCCAAUAAAAACCCUUUAUUGCUUAA